AGUUAUAUUCGCUUUUCAUUUGGAUAGGCUAAUCAAAUACAAAUUUAACGGUGACGCAAAACGCCAGAGAACGUUGCGACUGUAGCAUUAUAACGACAGUAUUAAGGACCACAGAGAUAAAUUGCGUACAGGAACAAGAACUGGAAACUAGAGCAGGGACAGUGAUACUACAGCUGAAGCGGAGUGAGCUAUAAGGACCGUCAAUCAUGAGUGUCCACCCAAAUUGUUCGGACAUUUUGACAAGCGUCGUUAACCUCAGCCUGCUGGAAGAUGCAGGACCUUUAGCCAGAGCGCCUUUGUCCUGGUGGGGUCAUCUCAAGAUCUGCGUCUUCGUCCUCACCAUGACCGUCUCCGUGCUAGGCAACAGUGGAGUCAUUCUGACAGUGGCUCUGAACCGGAGCCUGCGCACAACCAUCAACUAUUACCUGAUGAACUUGGCUGUGGCCGACACCAUCAUCAGUGUGUUCUGUAUGUGGGUGCACCUAGUGAACCAUCUCUUUGACUGGUACGUCCUCGGUCCUUUCAUGUGCAAAGUGGAAGGCUUCACGCAGAUGACUACGGUAACAUGCAGCGUCCUCACUUUGUCGGCCAUUUCCUGCGACCGUUUCUCGGCCAUCCUGUUCCCGUUUCAUACGAGGGUGACCAAGCAGAGGACGGGCGGUGUCCUAGUGUCCGUCUGGUUGGUGUCUGCAGCUGUUGCUUCGCCCCUGCUUCUCUACAGUACACCGUAUACCGUCCAGUGGAGCCUAGAUGAGUCGAGGACAUACUGCGGCGACAGCUGGCCGCAGACGAUCACCUGGGACGGCGCCACCUGUAUGGUCCGCUCUCCAUCCAAGCAGCUUUACUAUGCUGCCGUCACUGUAGCUCUUUUUUUCGUUCCCGUCGCCGUGAUGAGCUCAGCUUACGCCCUCAUCAUCAUUACUCUGUGGAAAGAGCGCCAGCCACCAGGAGAGCACUCGCCAAGGAACAUUCACCUUCAUUCCAGGGCAAAGCGGAAAGUCGUGAAGUUGGUGUGUGUGGUGAUGGUGGUGUUCGUUCUUUGUUGGAUGCCUUUUCAAGUCCUCGUGCUCUUCUCGCAGUUCAGGGACAACGACGGAGACCCAUUGCCCCUGUGGUUUUCUGGAGCUUCCUUUUGGUGCACGUACCUGGCGUACGCCAACAGUGCCCUGAACCCCAUCAUCUACGGCGGAAUGGCACCCAACUUCAGGCAGGGACUCGCCAACGCCCUACGCUGCGGCCAGAAGAGAGUCGUCGUCAACCAUACUAGACGAUGGUCAUCCAGGCUGACGGUGACCACAGGGGGCAGCACCUUUCCCGUUGUCGGCAGGGCUCGUCCUUCCGCCAUGUUGCACUACCAAAAUAAUGCAGUAACGCCGCCUACAUCAAAUUGCUCCAGUAGAAGACUGCUGUCGACUGGGGUUUAGACUGGCGGAAUUUCUGUUCAAGACAACCACCCAGCCCUUACACCACGUCCAACAUCGUUCUAGACGAUAAAUGAAUUUGGAGACAUCAAGAAAAAAGAGGUACCAUGGUGCUUCGCAUGCCGUCAUACAGGUGUGGUGAAGGUGGUGAUGUGAUAAAGAAAAAAAAAUGUGGACGUGAGUUUCGACGAAGUCGAACUGGCUACCCCAGUACGCCAUACAGGUGUAUACGCUUCAACAAGGAUGGUUUGCGACAAUGCGUCAAGAGUUUUUGCUUCAGACUGAAGACUUCGCGUCUUUUGGAUUCGCAAUCCCAGAAGCA